UCUCCCACUCCUCACUAUCUUGUUGUCGCGACAUGGUGUUUCAAUUAAGAGAGAUGAAAAGAAGAAGAAAAAAUGAAACCCGGAACCUGUACCGAUAAAAAAAAAUGCUAUUUUUUGUAACUCAGUACGUGAGCUUUUACAUGAUACACCUCCUGAAGAGUAGAAAUCCAAACAACAGCAAAUUGAAAAUUCAAAUACCGAUAAAUUAAAAAUCUCAGGAGAGAGAGAGGGAGAGAGAAUACGAAUGCAUUUGAAAAAAGUUUUGUUGGUACAGAUUGCACUUGUUGCUAACCAACGCCUCACUUAUGAGAUUUAACAAGUCUAACAAAAGAAACGUGUCCAGCUUACUGAAGGGUUUCCUUAAGUCAGAAAAGGUGGGACGAGCAACACGUGGCGAUUUAAAAAAACUCAAGAGAGAUUUGGAAGAGAGUCAUGGACAAUCAGAAUUAAGUAACUGUUGUAAGACUAAAGGUGUCAUAUCCGAGGACAAUGACACCCCAAGAUUAAGUGAUUGGAGUACAACCAGGCUGUCUGAAUCUCAGGUCUCUUAUGCUGCUUCUGAUGUUAAUGCUUCUUUAGAAAUAUUCAAUAUUCUGCAACAUGUUACAGCAGACGGUACCCAAAUUUUUGAAAAUCCAAACGGAUUUGUAUCAAUUCAUGUCAAAGGAAGCAAGCAAGCCUGCGCUUUAGGUUACACAAUCUCAUCUACCAGUAAAGCAGUAAAUAUGAAGAACAAAGCGGCUUUCAAAAUUACAAAAGUGUCCAUUCCUGGUAUAACAGUAAUAGAUUCCUUUGAAAAAUCUCUGGUGGAUUUUAGCGAUACACCCUUUGAAGCGGUUAUUGAUUUAGACCAUCAUCCACUGGGGGUACACCAAAAUAUAAUCCGCAAAUUUGCCUCGUUUAAUGCUGGUCCAGCAUUAACUGAUUGUGCGUUGGCGGACUACCGUCUUCGACACAACAUGACCGUCGGUUCCAAGAAUAGAUAUGGUGUUGCCCAUAAGACUCAUUUCUCACCUCGGAUUAACCAGGCCAUUAACUUUCUUAGAGCUGAACUUGGCCAAAAAAUCCUCCAUUCGUAUUGCGAUCCUUUGGGCAAUUCUUUUUUGCUUGUCUCUUCAUCAGAAACGUUCGGUAUAUGCCGUAUUCCAGAACCGCUCCUUGAAGCUUACGAUAUGAAAAACAAUACGAGAGAAUUUGACAAUGGAAAUCUUCAUAGAAGUCUCUCUGUCAAAGAAAAAAUAGUUUUAUGCGUAAGUGCUACGACACAAUGCACAAAUAAGAGCAAAUCAAUUUUUGGUGGCCUACAACAUCAAUACCUAUGUUAUAUACAAGGCACUUCUUAUGCAGUUACACCAAUCCAUACAGAUGAGGAAGUGCAUUUAUAUGAAAAACAAUCCGUCUCCCGCUAGUCAAGCCACACCCAAACAAUCUUGGCAGAAUUUCACUAUUUUAUGGUCUCGAAAAUGUAACAAUGGUAUUGCUAGGAACAUCUUUAACAAAUGUCUGGAACAUUUACGUCAAUACUUUAAGCAAAGAGAAGAUCAGAGUAAAUAUCUUAACUCUGUUCUUCUAAACAAAAAGAAAGUAGAUACAGUAACAGAUCUAAUUCAAAGAUCCCAUAAAAAAAAUCGCUGAAAAAAGCGAACCAUUUUUACAGCUUAUAAUAAAC